AUGAUGGGUUCCAGGCUGUUUGUCCAUGGUCUCUGUGCUAGCAAAUCCCGGGAGCCAAAUUUAAGUCUGAGUUCCCCGGACAGGAAGCAGUGUGAUCAAGGUGAAGGAUUUAUCAGAAAGAAAAAUCUCAAGCUGCAUCUCUGCUGUCAUCUGAAGCAAGAUUGUAGUGAAUCUCUCCAUGCUGAAAUUACUCAACUUCAGCGGGAAGUUAAGGAAAUGGAUUCAAGACUGAAUAGGAUGGAAGUGGAGCUGGAACAGUUGCAGCAGCUGACUGAAAAAGGCACUUGCUUCACACUUUCUCCUUCUGUUCAGCUCCCUUCUUGUGCAGAGCUUGAGUGAGAAUUUUAGGAAAUUGAUUCCACAAAACCCAACUGCACAUGUUCAAGGUUAUCAGAUGAUGAUUAUGGUUUGAAAUAUGUUGACAGCCUGUAUUUACUCUUCUCUAUCAGAUGCAAGGCC